AUGCAAUCAAUUUGGGUCGAAACCCUGAAGAAGCAUCAUAAUGGCAUGAUAACUUUGGAUUCGGGCCAGAUGCAUACAUCGAACGACUCGACGUCUUCCACCAAAUCCACUGUUUGGACUGGCAGCGACUUGCUUCGACCACUACAACGGCAAGAAGUGGCCGCCAGGGACCCCGCCAACCUGAUUUGCAACGCCAAUGCUGACGUCUACACUCACUUCCGGGCACAUGCGCAGCUGAAUGCCUUUCCGGACUUUAGCGUCGUCGACCAUAAGUGUGCCGAUCUUGAUGCUAUCCUGAGCUGACAAGAGGAGAGUCCGGUGGAUGCGGAGGAGUCGGGGUUGAGAUCUAAGGCAGGGGACGUGAGCA